UCCACACCGGCUGUAGAGGAAGGAAGGGGACGUCGUGCGUCGCGAGAACUCGGGGCUGCUGCGCGUGCGCAGGUAGCGGCGCUGCGGUGGUUGCUAGGCAACGCUGCAGCGGGAACGGCGUGCGGUGACGCGCGGGAUUCCCUCCAUCUCCCCAGGCCCUGCCGUCUGCACGGUGCUGCUAAGGGCCUCAGCACGGCCACUCUCCUCAGACCCACUCGCCCCGGCGUCCCCCUGCCUUCCUGCCCGGCUGGCUCUCCGUGCUCUGACACACUUCUCUCGGGCAGCCUGUGGUUGUGCUGCAGGCUGAGCUCUGUCAGUGAGCUGCUGGCAUAACCGCACCGUGGAUUGUUUUCUUCCUCAGGCCUUGACAAGGUUCCUAGCAGAACAAAUCCUGUAAUUUAGCUUAGCCUGUGCCGAAGGCUCACGUGCCCCGACAUUUUUCAGCAGGAUUAGUUUUUAAUCCUAUUUAGCCCCUUACAGGUGAUUGUUUUAACACCUUGGGCAGCACUUGGGCUGACUUCUGUCAGUUCCUCAGUCAGAAAUCCUCCUUUGGGGCAGUGGUGUUAAGUGUAAACACGAACACACGGCACGCAAAUGUUCUCACUGUAGCGAGCCUUGUUGCUAAUCGUCCUCGUGCCACAAUCCCCGGCUUCCCGUGGUUUGAUCGACCGACCCUCUGGCAGCUCCUGAAGUAUCGGAAGCAGCGGUGUCAGGGUUCAAAAGUGCUAGGGCUCCCAUCUGCCAUCAGAUGACUUUCUGCCUGACUGAGCUGCACCUGUGGUCUUUGAAGACUACCUUACAUAUUAGUGAUGAAGACAUUGGGGUACAUCAGUACUACGACAAGAAAGAGCCAGGAUCACAAAUGAAGCAUGGGUAUUUGGAAGACAAGCAAAAGCUAGCAGAAUCUCGAGAUUACCCUUGGAUACUGAAAAACAAAAGACCAGAAAAACUGCGAGAUACACUGAAGGAGGUUGAGGACUUAAUGCAAAAUGGUCGAUGUGUGCUGAGCAAAUGGAAGAACAAAUGUAUCUGCCAGCUCCUCUUUCAUUCGGGUAUACUGGUCUCCCUAAGCCUUUCUGGGCCACAGCUGGAGAAAGUGAUGAUUGACAGGACCCUGGUGGGGAAGCUCAUCUCCGACACCAUCAGCGAUGGUAUUCUUUCGGACAAUUUCAUCAUCUUGUCAUUUGAGGACUAUAACCAACUCUGUUUCGUUCAGUUUACAAAGAAGAUGGAUUCUCCUGAUGUAAACAGAAGAAAACAUGAGAAACUCUCUUGUUUGGAUUUUAAGAUUUCUUACACUGAUAUACCUGGACUAGAAGGUAGGAGGAUGAAACGUCACCUGGCAAUAAACAGUAUGCAAGAUUUGGCCAUUUGCUGGUGGUCAGCAGCUAUUGAUGGAGCAUGGCCUUGGUCUCCUAUUUCCUGUGAAAGGGACAGAGCCAACCUAUUGCUGUUAGGCUGUGCGCAUGGCAAACUGGAGGUUCUGAGUUAUGUUCGUACAGAAUGGGAUCCACUGGAUGCUAGCUUUAGCACUAAGGAGCCUUACCAGGUUCACACAGUUGAGCACUCCAUCUCUGCAGAUAAAAAGCCCAUGGCUGACAGCUGCAUCUACAACUGUGUUAGAAACAAAAUUCGGUGUGCAGCCGUCACCAGAAUACCGCUGCAGUCAAGGGCAAUCAGCUGUUGCAGAAAUAUUACAGAAGACAAACUAGUCCUGGGCUGCGAAGAUUCAUCAAUAAUCCUGUAUGAUGCGUACAACCAAGUGACUCUGUUAGCCCAAGCAAAACUAUUGCCUGCAUUAGUAACCUACCACCCUUCUGGGGCCAUAUUCCUGGUUGGAAGUUCUCAAGGGGAGCUGCAGAUUUUUGACACAGCACUGUCCCCAGUUAAAAUUCAGCUCUUAGCAGACAACUAUUCACCUGAGGCAACUCUGCAAUUCAGCAAGCACUUUGACGUUUCUAGCAGCCUCAUCCAGAUUCAGUGGGCUGCUGCUCAAGCUGUAUCUCCCAGAGCUGAUGGCAUGGAUGUCCAUGAUCUUUUGUUCAUUAGAUUUGACAAAGGACCCUUAGGAGUUCUUCGCUUUAAACUUGGUGUGAUAACAAGAGGACAGCUGGGCCUUGUGGAAAUCAUCCACCAAUACAUUCGUUAUGAUGAGAUACAUGAGGCAAUUAACGUCCUGAACACCAUGAACUGGAACACGAUGGGCCAUCAGUGUUACAUCUGCUUGAGUGCCAUUGUCAAUCACCUGCUUAAACAAAAGCUUACACCAGACAGAGAAGCACAGCUUGAGGCAAGCCUUGGAACCUUUUAUGCUCCAACAAGACCCCUCUUGGAUACAACUGUGCUGGAAUACAGAGACCCCAUCAGCAGAUAUGCAAGAAGGUUCUUCCACCACCUGCUCAGGUAUCAGAGAUUUGAAAAAGCAUUUCUACUAGCUGUUGACAUAGGUGCUCGGGACCUCUUUAUGGACAUCCAUUACCUCGCUCUAGAUAAGGGUGAAUUGGCACUAGCUGAAGUGGCGAAGAAAAAGGCUAAUGACAUUGAUGCAGAAUCAAUAACUACUGGAAUUGGUGAGUUUAAGAAGUGGAGAUCAGGGGAUCUCCAUCAGGGGAGAGUUGUAGAUACGAGUUUGGAAAGAACAAUGCUUGUCAAUAGGAGACGUUUUGCACAUCUGCUGUCUGAUCAAACAAAUAAACAGAAACACUGGAGGACGAUUUAUUUACUACAACCUCUCUCACUACGUCCCGUGCUGCACUACAGGCUGGGAAUACCAUGGAAUUGCUGCAGGCAAAAUUGAAGGUUGGAACUGUUUUCCUCCAAAGGCUGCUGAAGAGACUGCUUGACAGUUUAUGCCCAGGAAACUCCUUUAUCAAAACCAAAGGUGUUUGAUGACCUGAUCAUAGCUCUUGUCGAAUGCUUUCAGCCUAUCAAAACCAAAUGCCCAAUAAAGGCCUGUCUGUUGGUGUUCUCCUUUGGAGAAAGCCAUAGGGGAGAGCUCAGUGGGGUCCAAGAGGAAGCUUUGCACCCAUUGCUGCUGUCCUCCUUGCACUGUCUGAAGAACUAAAUUUGCCUUAAAGAAGAAGUAAGAAGUAACAUGGGUUGUUAGAGAAAACACAUUGAUGGAAAACCGGUGGACGGCACUUAAUACAGUGCAAUGAAUACACCAGAAUGAAUGGCUUUUUUCCUCAUUUCAGCUAUUUGAAAUACAGUUUCUUUAAAUAUUCUUCCUGUGGGCUCCUGUGGAUUAGUUGGCACUGAAACUUCUUAAAAUCUCAGUGCUGUGAGACUGCUGCAGCUCCCAAACUCAUGCAUGCAUGGUAUCUGAGUUCAUGAUCCCAAGAAGUCCUGAACUGUGCUAGAUUUCAAACUGCAAAAUUUAGUCUUAAAAACAGAUCAUGAGGCAACGUCGGUUAUCUCUGCAUUGUUGAUAUUAUGAAAUGGCAAAAUAUUAUAAUAAGAUGAAAAGAUAGUAUUAAUAACAGCUUAAGCAUGUAUGAUGAUCAUUAUAAUUACUUAUUUACUGUGGGUACACAGUAAGUGUCCCACCUUAUCAUCUUUAUGAUUAAGCAAAGAGCUUGAUUUCUGCCUCCUACCUUCCUAGCCCAGGCCUGGCUACAAUCCGUGGCAUUUGGACUCCUGGCUCGCACCACAGGCUCCCUCCUCUUGCCCAUGUACCCGAUACUUUUGCUGGAUGUAACAUACCUUCCUCUGCUACAUCUUACUGUGAUUAUCUGCAUACCUCCGCUGAAAUUGGGCAUUGGCUUUGCUAAUAUUCUUACUGCUGAAAAUUUCCCCCUUGAAGAUGCUCAUAUAUGGCUGAAGUGCACAGAUGAACAGCACAUUUUGGGGCCAUCCCAGAGCCCUUGCAGAAUAACCUUAUUUCACCUUCCAUCACUGCCCUGACAUGAGCCUGACAUGUGCUCACCCUCUGACUGCAACCCACAGAAGGAGGGAUGUGGAACCCAAUCCGAACUUCUACUGAAUCAUCAUCUCAGUCUCAUUGCAAAAUUUCACCACCUGACUACCUAAACAAAACAAACUUUUAAUAACCAAAUGGAAGAUGUUUGGUACAAUUACUACUUAUAUAUAUAUAUAUAUUGACUACAUAGUAGUAAAUUUUAGCCAAAGAAGCCAGCCACGAGGUGCUUACUGGGAGCCCUUGCUUUUUGCCUGCACGUGGGAAGGCUCACAGCGUGAACAUGGAGCCCAUGUGCAUGUAGUUGGCUGUGCUGAAAGACUGUGCUGCUGCUGCCUUUUAGACAGGCAGGGAAGAGUUGGGCCUGCAGCACUCUCCUGCAAACACAGGAAUAAAAUAUUAUCGAGAAUUUUAGUAGGAAGACAUGCCUGGAAAAACUCCUGAUAUCCUCCAAAAUUCCUGAAAGAAGUACAAGCUUCAGUCAGUGCCUUAUUUUCACAUACUGUUAUCAACUGCACUGCCCCAGCCUAUUUCUCUGUGUGCCUGGAAGCGGUGUUGCUCACUUACAGGACCAGGAGCAGCCAACAGGUCAGUGACAGGCCGAUGGCAGUCCUCUCAGUGCAACCCCAACCUCCUGAGUGACUCUGGCCAGCUCAUUUGAGCCCUCGGUGCUUUCAUUUCCCUUUGGGGAGCCCUCUGUGACGUGCACCCCUCCUUCCCACAGCAUCCCCACCGCAGCCCUGGCUUCUUCUCAUCACCUUUCCAGCAGUGCCCUCCCAGAGGCAGGAGCACAACCAGGCCAAGUCCGUUUUCCAAGCUCACUUAUUUUCUGUGAUUUGGAGGAAUUUUUACAACGCGCCGCUGGGAAAUGAGCCGUAAUAUUCUUGUUGCUAUCUGCCGUUAGGUGUCAGUGUGACAACAACCAUGAUGCACAAAGGCUUUUCUAGGGGCGGGCAAGACGCUCCGUGCUCAACUUCUCCUUUCGGGAUCGGGGAAAACACAACAUCCAACCGAGAGGAAGGGGAAGGGAGAACAGAGCCAGCAUCACCUUAUUUCAGGUUUUUCCACCGCCUGAUGGAAGCUAUUUACUAGCAGAUAAGUCUGUUUGCGUUUCAUUCCGUGCGUCUCGGGGCUCCCGGUGCUGUGGUUCUCAGAGAGGUGCAAUAUUUACCAAAGCAGGGGAAGAGCUGCGCACACCGCCCCGACACGCUGUGCUGGGGCAAAAGACACACUCGCAGCUCUUGGUAAUUUGCAGUCUGUAGGAGGUAAACAGCUCUGCCCGUGCACAACUGCUGAAGUAUUCCUGUAAGGUGAUGCCUGCUGAGGUUGGAUAAAACACUGGCUUAGAAAAAAUAGCGAGGAAUUCCGUUCAUUCAGAAAGAAAGGAUGAAAAUGAUGUUUUUUCACUGAAAAUGAUCCAUUAUUUCAGUGUAUGGGUGGUAUGCAAAGUAGAGAAAUAGUAAAAAUGUGAUACACGUGAAGGGGUUUGUUAUUAAAUCAAGUUUCAAGUGCUUCCCAAGAUGAGAUGACAAACACAGCAAACAAUUUUUGUUUAGAUGGGAGUUUUUAAACUUAGUACAGGUAGGAAAUAAAAAUCUGUUUUGGCCAAAAAAAAAAAAAAAAAAAGUCUUUGUCUGAAGAAAAUUGUUUUCAGAAAUAUUCUUCUGAUCCCUCUGGUGUUGAGAAUAUCCCAAGUACUUGUAGGGUGACAUUUCCUCCCUUAUUUUUGAAGCCAGGAGUGUUCCCACCAUUGAUUUUGAUCAGAUUUAGGACAGGGCAGUGCAAUGGCUAACUCACAUUGGCUUUCCCAGGGAUCAGGGAAUCUGUUGUGCAAGAAAACUCUUUGAGGGCAGCUUUGCCUUCCUAUUGCCUCCUUAGGAAUACAAGAGAUUGUGAGCAUUGCUUAAGUUUGUUGCCAUGAUGAUGUUCUCCCAUUCCAUACGCUUCUGGUCUUGCCUAGAAAGCUGUCUCCAGCGCUCCAGUGAUUUGCACCCUAGAGCAGGACAGAGGCAGUGGGGGCAGGACAGGCAGCAGCCAGGCAGGUAGCAAAAACCUCUACGAGAUGUGGGGUGUGGGCAGGGCUGGUGCUGGCAUGUAGGGGAAGGAAAGGAUUGCUCCAGUAAUGCAGGAAUGUGGAAAGAUGCUUUGUAAGGGCAACCUUUUCCUAUUGAGCCUCACUUGCUUUCCAUGGAUACGAAAUGCACUUUAAAUGAUGAAAGGAGCAACACUGUAUUCAACAGAUAUCAGAGAAUGCAGGCUGGCUUAAUUACCUCCUCUUAAAAAAAAUGUCUUUUUCUACAAAGGUGAGCAUCUGUCUGAGACAGAAUCUGUUCUCCAAACUCCUGUUGUGCGCUUCUGUGAGAAGAGUGAGGGAAUGAAGGAGGGCCAGGGAGAUGAUCCAGGGGAAGAUCCACAGGGAUCUUUCUCUUAGGGUUUUUCCUCUGUUGCCCUCACCACCCACCAGCUCCCUGCCAGCAGCCUCUGUGCUUACCUGGCCAUGGCUGUCUAUAAGGCCUUUGGGCACCCGAACCAGGUGUCAGCAAGCCCAUGCAGCCAGCCAGGCAGGUGAGUGACAGCCCCAAAAUGCCUAUCAGGGAGAACCUGCCCUGAUAUCUGCUUCAGUGCCUUCAUUAGCCACACCUUGCUGCUCAAUUGUCGAGUGUCAGUCAGGGUGCUCCAGAGAUGGCUACAACAAGGCGUGCUCUAAUACCCCAACUGCUUUCAUGUCCCAGUGCCUUCGGGUGCUUUUAGAAAACGCAUCCAAGUUUCAUCUCAUGCAGUGGGAUUUAGCCAAGAGACACCGAACAGAGCACCGUAUAAGUGUCAUUAAGAGAGCAUUAAGCAGGAUGUCAGAAUGUAUGUUGUGUGCAUGUGUAUGUGUCUGUGUGCAUACACAUAACUCAGACAUAUACACUUUUGGCACCAGGGAGGUUUAAAAUAGCACAUCAGCAUCAAACGUGGCAAGUUUUGAAUUCAUCUCCUUAGCAUGGCCAGUUUUGUAGCAUCAUAGAAUCAUAGGGGCUGGAAGGGACUUCUGGAGACCAUCAAGUCCAAUCCUCACGUUUCCUGUGGUGGAUGUGCACAUACAAACCUGACAAAGCUUGGCACUCAUUUUAUGGGAACUUACCCAAGAAAUUCAAGACUUUAUUUCAUAAUUCUUAAAGCACAACAAUGACAACAGAAGUAGGAAGUCAAUAUUUUUAAGUGGAGUGAAAAAAAGCCAACAUGCAAGCAUUUUAAAUUUUGGUAUAUGUUACAUGGCAAUCAGCUUAUUGAUAUCAGAAUAGGUUUAGUCUACACAGCCUUCCAGCAUAAGCCACUUCUUUUCCAUGCGUCCCGCUGACUGUGUGUGAGCACAUUUGCCUGGCAGAAGCCAGCAAGCACUGCUGAUUUGUAAUUAUUGUUUUGUUUACAGAUGGUAUUGCCAUUUUUCUAUUAUUUGGAUUAGGGAACCAACCGGUCCCAACUUUUUCUUCAUUAAAAGUAAAAGAAAAAAUCUCCUUUUAAUAAGUGUAUGCUUCACACUUUCAAACUUCAAUAGCAUGGAAUGUUUCACUUGAUCAGAAAGCUGAUUUAAUUUGCUGCUAGGUUAAAUGUUAAAGGUUUCAGUCUUAUGACCAUGAAUUCUCAAAUUAAAUUCAGCGCAUUGCUUAAAUUUCUAGCUGCAGUGCAUUUAGGCUAAUUGCUUUGGUAAGUUGGAUGCUUAGUAACUACCACUCUUCUGAAUUUUCGUCCUUAGAGGAGAGCAGUGAAAUAAGCCUGAGGGGCACAGGUGGGCUCGCCUGCUCUUUGCCAUUCACCUGUGGGGUCUUUGGAUAUCUCUUCCAGUCUGACCACAUCCUUAGACCAUGUCUGAUGAGGCUGUUCUGCUGACAAGGGAGAGAAUUUAAACACCUGUAGGUUUGAGCUAUUUAAGCCCAAAUCAGUUUUGAAGCAACAAGAAAGGCUGAGCAAAACGGUUCAGAUUUCAGUCAGUUGUCAGCUAAAUGUGUGCACUGGGCCUUCAAGUAUUUGGCCAGACACAUCUUGAUUGCUUGGCUUUUGUUUUCACCCUUGGAAAGUCAGCUGGAUAAUAGCCCCUAGCCAAAGCCUAUUCUGCAGUGCUGUAAGUGGGCAGGGCCUGGGGGCCAGCAGGAGAGCUCACCCAAAAAAUACCGAGCUAUCUUGACAUAUUUCCUGAUUUUUUGUCUGCCAACUUAUUUGCACUCCUUCCUUACAACGUUAACCAUAAAAAUCAUUCGGUCUGAACUUUAUCACCACUGAUGCUCUUCCCUUUGGAGGAAGUCACUAUGUAAAGCACAGGGUGAUGGAAGCAGCAAAGGAAACGUCUGCUAGCUGCACAUGGGCAAGCCCCAAGCACUUAGCCUGAGUACCUAGCUUUCUCCUCUUUGUUUACAGCAUUUUAAGGCUUUUAGUUCUCACGCAGCAUAUAUGUCAUUAAAUGUCCGAUGCCUCUUUGCACACCUUGUUGUGAUGCCCUGUGGCAACCUGAAUUAAUUGUUUCUGUAGUUGGUGGUGGUUACUAGCAGUAAUUAUUAUAAUUUGCAUUUAUAAAAACACCUUUCAUCUAAGGAUCUCAAAAUGCUUUUGCUCACAUUUAAUUAAGCUUCACAACAUCCUGUGAGGUAAGUGUCAAGAGCAUAGUUAUAUCCACUUUUACACUGGAUUCCCCAAGAAAACAAGGUCAGUCUCUACCACGGUGGGUGUUUGGGACACAUCACAUUUGCACUGAGUGGAGCAGGAACCAGAGGUGCCAAAAUAUGGUCACUGUCCAUAUCCCACAUCACUGUAUGACCACCACAUACACUGGCAGAGCAGCGGAAGCCCAGAUCUCUGGUCUGAGAGGGCCAGCUCCUUUCCCUGGAGAAUUCAGCUACAGAAAAGUCUUGAGAGGAAAAACCAAUCAGCACAUAUUGCACAAGACAACCCGUGCUGCAAAGAUAUCUAUUUUCCCUCAUUUUCUACCAUGAAGUUUAAGCCUCUCAUUGCAAUCUGCACUCAGUGACACAUGGCUACUGCAGCUGAAGGCAAGAAACCAGCUGCGAGGAAUGUGAAGUUGCCCUUUAGAAGACUCACCUGUCUUAGAAGAAACUGCAUGCACUUAACUGCCAGCCUUGGAUCAACUCUAUGUGCAGUGAGCCCUCCCAAGACCAACCACAUCCAAGGUUACCACUUGACCGUGGCAUAUAGAGGUGAGGACAACACAAGCUUUGGCACUUAAGAGGACAGCAGCAGAAGUUUUCAAAAGCCCAUUUCUUCUUCAUAAAUUUGUAAAAGUGUUGUUUGAACUGAACCCAGCUCCCUGUAAGCUCUGGAUGAGCCCC